AUGAGUGGCAACAGGAGGAGCUUCGCAGAGGCGGCGGUGAACGGCGAGGCGGCGGCGCGCCGCGCCAGCGCCAGCUCGCUGGGUGGCGCGGGGGCGGCGCUCACCGUCACCACGGCGCAGGGCGUGCUGCGGGGGCGGCGCGCCAGGGCGCCCUCUGGCGCCGUCUACUGCGCCUUCCAGGGCAUCCCGUACGCCAAGCCGCCCGUUCGCGAACUGCGUUUCAAGCCGCCGCAGCCUGCCGAGAAGUGGACGAGCAUACGGAACGCGACGGAGGAGGGUCCGGUGGCGCCGCAGGUGAACCUCUACACCGGCAGGCUGGAGGGCGACGAGGACUGCCUCUACCUCAACGUCUACACGCCAAACCCUCCCAAGGGUUCGAUGCCCGUGAUGGUGUGGAUCCACGGCGGCGGCUUCUUCAGUGGCAGUGGCAACGCAGACAUCCACGGUCCGGAGUACCUGGUGGAGCACGGCGUCGUCGUCGUCACCUUCAACUACCGCCUCGGCGUUCUUGGUUUCAUGAGUACGGGAGACAACGUGGUUCCUGGUAACAUGGGCCUCAAGGACCAGGUGAUGGCUCUCCGCUGGGUCAAGGACCACAUCGCCAAUUUCGGCGGUGACCCCAAAAACGUCACCAUCUUCGGCCAAGACGCGGGAGCGUGGUCUUGCCAUGCUCAUAUGUUGUCACCUAUGUCUAGAGGCCUGUUCCAGCGCGUCAUCGCCAUGAGCGGCAGUACGCUGGUGCCCGCCGCCUUCUCGACCGCCGUGCCGGAACGUACAUUCGUGUUGGCCGAGCACUUGGGACUGCGCACGCGCAGUUCUGAGGAGGUGCUCAUGUACUUGAUGGAGUUCCCCGCCAAGGCCUUCGUUGAGGACAUGCGCCACGCGCUCGCGCCAGAGGACAAGGAGCGCACGGUGGUCCCGUUCGUGAUGACGGCGGAGCCGCCAGACGCGGAGGGGGGCGCCUUCCUGACGAAGCCGCCCGCCGAGCUGCUGCGCGCCGGCAGGGCCCACCGCGUGCCGCUGCUCACCGGCGUCACCGCCCUAGAAGGCGCCGUCUUCCUCGUCAAGAACGUCCGUAAUGUCAUCAACGCCACGGCGAACCUCGACAUGAGCUUCCAGCGGCUGGUCCCCCAGGACUUCAACGGCCGCAAGGAGGACCGCAUUGCCCUCUGUCGUGAGAUGAAAAACUUCUACUACGGUGACGAGCCCGUAUCUUCUGAUAACUUGGGGCCGUAUGUUAACUGGAGAGGUGUCAGCACCAUCGUGGAGAAGAGCAGGUCUCCUGGAGUGGGACGGCAGAUUCAAGAGUUGGCUCUGGUGGCGGCAGAGACCUGGAUCUAG